AUGAACAAUAACAACAGAACAGGAGUUGUUGAUGAUUCUGAAACAGUUACUUCGAACGCAGCUCAACCAAAUAUAAUAUGUAAAUGCCUGAAAAAAAGAAAAGUUAUGUGGAUCACAUUUACUAUUAUAGCACUUGCUAUAAUUAUAGCAGUUCCAAUUUUUAUCUGUAAAAUAAAAAAAACAAGCAGUGAAGAAACAUCAACAACAGAAGAAACAACAAUUGAAAUAACAACAGGUGAUUAA